AUGAACCCAUCGAGCAAUCAAGCUGAAGAGUGCUUAGUAACAUUAAGUUGCAAAGGGACAACUGGGUCAUGCUUUUCUCUUAAAAUAUUCACCGAGAAUAACACGGAUCUACAUACGUAUGUUCACGGCUGGCAUUCGAUUCUCGACGAUUGCGGACAAUGGGUAAGCCUUGAUUCGGAGCUAGAGAUGCGGGGAGGCGAGGUAGUUGGAACGAAAGUACCAACUGGCCAUAGUCUACUGAUAUCCUGCAGAUUCGAGCAACCCUUUGAUCCAGAGAACACGGAAGCUGCGGACUUGCAGCGGAAGCUUGAGAUGCUGAACAAUACGAUGGACCAAGAGGCGAGAGCUGAACAGGCCAGGAGACAAAUUCUCUACAAUAUAGGACACUCGGGUUACUCCGAAGAUUCCGACUACACAUCGGACCUGAACUACCCAGUAGGUGGACAAGGUGCGAACAGUUCAGCCUCCCAGUUCCGAACAGCCGCUAAUCAACUGGCAACUCCCCAGCGUUCUCUGGAAACCUCCAGGGAAAAUAGUUACGAGCGCGAUGAUCACCAGAUUCCCGCAACGGUAGGCGGAAGGUUAACCGCGAGUUACCCCAGUUACGGAACGGGAAGUCGCGGACAUAGUCCUAGGUAUGACGAGCCUUAUCCUGGAGACAAUAUACCCCAGCGGUACAUUACGCCGCAGAGUGGAGAGUCUUCCGAGCCUCUUUCGUACAAUAGCAGACCCCGCGGUUACAAAGAGUACAGUCAAGACGGGUGGUACAGCGAGGGGUACGAUUACCAGGGGACGAGGAUCGACGACACCAGGGUAUUCAGCGAUACCGAGUCAUAUUAUCCCAGUACUACUAGUUCAAGUCGACGCGGCCCGCAUAGAAAACCUUCGUUAGAAAGGCAAAACACCUUGUACGACGAACAGCAUUACAAUACUGACGGAUAUGGCUAUAAUGACACCAGGAUAUCGAAAAUGAGCGCCGUUUAUCCAGAAUGUCAGACAGAUAUUAUGCAUAAUGAUUAUACAGACUCACGAUAUAUUUAUCAGGAUGAAAGAUAUGGCCAAGACGAUGAAGACCGUCAAUGGGACAGUGGAGGAAAAUGGUACCUAGGACCAAGCAUUUACUACGAAAACAAACGAAACCGUAAAAGCUUACCCCAGAGACCAGCGUCAAGUAUCGGGAUCCAUCGACCUAAUUAUCGGCCCACCGUUACCCGGCAACGUAGUUACGAAUCCGAAGAACUCGACUACAGCUCCCGACGGAAAAAGACACCUCGCGCCCUCUCCCGGCAAGAAGGAGCGAUAACCGGGAAGAAACUGCCCCCGACUCCUUCAAAACCGAGCAACGUUCUCCUGAACCGCAAGCCUUUAUCCCUUCCCGCGACUCCGGGCCGGCAAUUGCCGCGCACCCGGACGCCCUCUGAGGAGAGCUACUACAAGCAAGAGUACAACGAGGACUACAACUACGCCUACCGUAGCUCUCAAGACAACCUGGAGCAGGAAAGUUUCGAGUUCCAGCCCCUCCAGGACAAUCACUUCGUACCCGAUUAUCAGAACCAGUACCCUCAGAAUAACUACGACUACGAAUCAGUCGGAAAAGAUUAUCCAGGUUACGGAACUUACGAGGACGGUUAUCAAAACACAUAUCCUAAGGUUAACAAUCAAUAUCAGUCCGCGGUCAUUGACAAUUAUCAAGGUUAUGACAGUAAGAGUAACUUUAAAGACUAUCAAGAUAGUCUUCAGGAUAAUCUUAAACAAGAUUAUAGUCAAGCUAAUGGUCAAGAUUAUAAACAAGAUUUGACUAAAGGUUACAAACAACAAGAUUUAGUUAAAGGUUAUAAUCAAGAGUCACUUAAAGGUUAUAAUCAGCAAGAUUAUAAUCAACAAGAUUAUAAUCAACAAGAUUAUAGUCAGCAAGAUUAUAAACAAAAUCAUAAAAAAGAUUAUAAUCAGCAAGAUUAUAACCAGCAAGAUUAUAAACAAGAUUAUAACCAGCAAGAUUAUAAACAAGAUUAUAAUCAGCAAGAUUAUAAACAAGAUUAUAAUCAGCAAGAUUAUAAACAAGAUUCUUCUACAGGUUAUGGGCCACAAAAUUCUUAUAAUCAAGAAUCACUUAAAGAUUAUGAUCAACAAAAUACAUCAAAAGAUUAUAACCAAAAAGAAGUUUAUAAGCAAGAUUAUAAUCAGGAGGAUGUUUAUAAACAAGAUUUUAACCAACAAAAAGUUUAUAAACAAGAUUACAACCAACAGGAUGUUUAUAAACAAAAUUAUAAUCAAGAACCACUAACAGAUUAUGAUAAACAAGAUGUUUAUCAGCAAGAUUAUAAACAAGAUUAUAAUCAGCAAGAUUAUAAACAAGAUUAUAAUCAACAAGAUUACAAACAAGAUUAUAAUCAACAAGAUUACAAACAAGAUUAUAAUCAACAAGAUUAUAAUCAACAAGAUUAUAAUCAGCAAGAUUACAAACAAGAUUAUAAUCAAGACUCUUCUACAGGUUAUGGUGCCCAAGACACUUAUAAUCAAGAACCGAUUGAAGAUUAUAACCAACAAACACAAAAAGGUUUUAGCCAACAAAAUGGUUAUAGCCAAGAUUUAUCAAAAGGUUAUAGUCAAGAGGAACCUUAUAAAGAAGAAACUUUACAAGAUUACAAACAAGAUUCAUUUCAAGAUUCUUAUACAGAUUCCUUCAAAGAUUUCAAGCAAGAUUCAUACACAGAUUCUUACAAGCAAGACUCGUACAAACAAGAUUCAUUUUCUGAAUCUUACACCGAGGAGACUUAUACUCUAGCAAAAGACGACAAUAAUCAGGUUGAUCUGAACAAUUACAAAAAUGUGCCAGUAAGUAAUUACAAUAAUAGCAUAGUUACAACCUCAAGUGUGACUAUUGAUUACAACAACCAGCAGCAACAUGACAAUAAUAAAUACCCGGUUGCUUCUGAGUAUUAUCAACCUGACCAACAAAUCCCGGUCGGUAAAGAAGAGUUACCCCAAGAGGUAACUUACUCCGACGGCUACGACUAUAACAGCCAAGGGUACUACGACUACUACGACGACAAGCAGAAGCUCCCGGAGCCUACUACCAAGAGCCAGGUUAACGGUUACAAGGACAAAGAUUACUUCUAUGAAGAAAACAAGGGCCAGUUGGUCCAGCAAGCUUCCUUGGAGCUCCAGGAUGAUGAGUUGAAGGAUUCCUUUGAGACGGCGAUGAAUUCCGUGAACGGACUCCUGGAGCGCAAGAGCUUCGAGUACUCCACGGCUGGAGAACUAAGUCCAGCUUCGACUUUAGUGGACUCCAGCUCGGGCCACGCGGAAACUGUUACGACUACUGCGGUGAUGCAUGUCAAUGGCAAGAGGCUGGUCAGAACCGAGUCGUACGUCGAGGAGCCGAUGGAAGAUGAGUACCCUGCUGAGCUGCAUAGGAAAGACUCCCAGCUUUCGCACCAGAGUCAGGCUAGCCAGAGAAGCGUCCAGAAGCCCAAGUUGACUCGAGGGGACUCUUAUGCUGAGUUUGAAGCUAGGGAACGGAGAGAUAGCUAUCAGGCUAGCAGGGAUGAUUCUUAUGGGUCCAUUGAGGAGCAGGACAGCUUCAAGGAACCCUUGUCCAGGACUGGGUCUUACAAGAGGGAAUUCAGCAGGGGUAAUUCCGUCUAUGGGCAGAAUUUUACUACGCCUCAACCGAUCUCCAGGGCGGAAAGCUAUCAGAGGGGGUACUUCAAGGAACAGAAGAGCAUUGAUGAGAGCAAUAUUGUUCUGGGGAGUGCUAUGAAUGGAGAGUACAAGAUGAGGGAUGAGACUCUUGAAAGAUACGAAAAAGGUGAAGAAGCCUUAACUCGUGGUUCAAGAGAAAAUUCUCUGGUCGAGCCCUACAAAGUUACACCACCACUGUCUAGAUCAACGAGUCCACGAGCUGAGGGUGUCACGAAGCAGGCGUCGCCCGAUGAGAGCGUGCAGAUGGACACUCCGCCGCGGAGUCCCCCGGAACCACCAGCCGAUGAAGUUAUGCUGGACCUAGUGGGGGCGCCCCCUGUGCCGACGCAACUGAAAGAGCGUCAAAAGAUGACUCCCCGGGAGCGCUGGCUCUGGGCUUGCAAUAAAAUCUCAAUGCAGCUGAAU